CAACAACAACAACAAAAAGAAGGAAGACAUCAUGGAAUCUAAACUUAACACUACUAUAUGAUUGUUCUGCUUCCUUUUUGACAACUUCCUGGGUGGAGCACAUUUUUCAAAUAUAACUCAAUAUUUAUUGUUCCCCAAAUAUGCCUCUCUUAACUGGACAAAGUGACUGCAAAGGAGCCACAUAUUUCCAAGAAAGAGAGGUUUGUUGUGCUUCUGCAGCAUGCGUCAUUUGACAAAUGCAAGUGUUUGUCUUCUCAAAUGACCAUCUCCUAUUGAACUUAAAAAACUGUAAUUGUCCAAUCCUUAAGGGCCAAUUACUUUCCUGGAACAGUGAGCUAAAAUGAAGGACAUGCCAUUCAAAAUUCACUUUUUACUUGGCCUAACUAUCACUGUGCUAGUUCAAGCUGUAGAUAAAAAAGCAGACUGCCCACAGUCAUGUACAUGUGAUAUAAGACCGUGGUUCACUCCAAGAUCCAUAUACAUGGAAGCUUCUACAGUGGAUUGCAAUGAUGUAGGUCUCUCAACUUUCCCAACCCAGUUGCCUGCUGACACACAGGUUCUACUUCUACAGGCAAACAACAUUAAAAAAAUUGAAUACCCAGCAGACUUCCCAGUAAACCUUACUGGUUUGGAUUUAUCUCAGAACAGUUUAUCAUCAGUGGCCAAUAUUGAACUUCGGAAGAUACCCCAACUUCUUUCAGUGUAUCUGGAAGAAAACAAACUUACAGAGUUGCCGGACAAAUGUCUCACUGGGCUGAACAAUCUCCAAGAGCUCUACAUUAAUCACAACCUGCUUUCCACAAUUGCACCAGGAGCCUUCACAGGUCUUUAUAAUCUUCUUAGACUUCAUCUCAAUUCCAAUAAUCUGCAAGUGAUCAACAGUAAGUGGUUUGAAGCUAUUCCUAAUCUGGAGAUUCUUAUGAUUGGAGAAAACCCAAUUAUCAGAAUCGAAGAUAUGAACUUUAAGCCCCUUAUCAAUCUGCGGAGCCUGGUUUUAGCAGGCAUAAAUCUCACAGAAAUACCAGAUAAUGCCUUGGCUGGCCUUGACAAUUUAGAAAGCAUCUCUUUCUAUGACAACAGAUUAGUAAAAGUGCCCCACACUGCUCUUCAAAAGGCUACUAACCUUAAAUUUUUAGAUUUAAACAAGAACCCCAUUAACAGAAUACGAAGAGGAGAUUUUAGCAAUAUGAUACACCUCAAAGAAUUGGGAAUUAAUAAUAUGCCUGAACUGAUAUCUAUUGAUAACCUGGCAGUUGACAAUUUGCCAGACUUGAGAAAAAUAGAAGCUACGAAUAACCCCCGACUGUCAUACGUACACCCAAACGCAUUCUAUCGACUUCCCCGGUUGGAAUCACUCAUGCUCAACAGUAAUGCACUCAGUGCCCUGUACCGUAGUACAAUUGAAUCUUUGCCUAAUCUCAAGGAAAUCAGCAUACACAGCAACCCAAUCCGGUGUGACUGCGUCAUCCGAUGGAUUAAUAUGAAUAAAACUAGCAUUAGGUUCAUGGAGCCGGAAUCAUUAUUUUGUGUAGAUCCUCCUGAAUUUCAGGGCCAGAAUGUGAGGAAGGUUCAUUUUAGAGAAAUGAUGGAAAUCUGCCUUCCACUGAUAGCCCCAGAAAGUUUUCCCUCCAACAUAAAUAUAGAAACAGGCAGCUAUAUUUCUUUACACUGCAGAGCGACAGCAGAACCAGAGCCUGAAGUGUAUUGGAUAACUCCAUCUGGACAUAAACUUUUGCCCAACACUGUUUCUCUUAAAUAUUAUGUACAUUCAGAAGGAACGCUAGAUAUCAGUGAUAUAACACAAAAAGAAAGUGGCUUAUACACAUGCAUAGCAACUAAUUUGGUCGGUGCAGAUUUAAAAUCCAUUAUGAUUAAUGUGGAUGGUUCUUUUCCCCAGGAUAACCAUAAAUCUUUGUCUAUUAAGGUAGAAGACGUGCGAUCUAAUUCUGUACUUCUGUCCUGGAAAGCAACUUCCAAAAUAGUGAAAUCCGCCAUUAGAUGGACUGCCUUUCCCAAAGAUGGAAAUUCUCUGGCUUCUCGGAGCACUCGAAUUCCAUCCCAUAUAAAAGUCUAUAAUUUUACACAUCUAACCCCGUCCACGGAAUAUACAAUUUGUAUGGACAUCCCCACUGUCCAGUUACAGAAUGCAAGACAGUGCGUCAACAUUGCAACAAAAGGGUUGGAUCCAACAAUGGCAAAUUAUGAGAAGAACAACAUCACUACAUUGUUUGUCUGUCUUGCUACACUUUUGGGAUUCUUUUGUGUGGUUUCUCUCUUCAGCUGCAUCUCUCAUGAAAUGAACUGUGAUGCAGGACACAGCUACUUCAGGAAUUACCUGAAGAAACAAUCCUUUUCCUUCAGUGAGCUUUACCCUCCUCUAAUCAGUCUUUGGGAUACUAACAAAGAGAAAAGCACAGCACUCGAAGUCCAAGCAACAGUCAUAGGUGUUCCAGCUAAUAUGUCAUGAGAUACCAAUGUUACUGUACUAGUGUGCUAAACUGGGGUGCACAAGACUAAAUAAUUGUGCUCAAUAAAAAAGCAAAAAAAAAAAAAGUAUCCCUCUACAAAAAUCAAAACCUUGGACUUAGCAGAUGGUGAUAGUUACAAAUACAAAUAUUUGCCGGUGUGGUAUUUUUUUAAAACAAACACCUGUCUUUGAAGAAUUCUGUGCCAACCAAAUUGUUUUCUAGGACUUUAUAGUGUGACUUCUUACAAUCUAAGAGGCACUCAAUGCUGUCUAUACAGUGCAAGUAGAGGAGAAAAUUUUAUGUAUUUGUUGUUUUUUUAAUUAAAUGUAGAAAUAGUGGAAUUGAGUAAUACCCUCCUCCUGUGUUAUAUGACACACAUUAGCCACGAGUUUUUGCAGUGAACUAGAAUUGACCCGUGGUGUAAUGAAUUGGACAAAUUCUGUAGAGUAGAAACAGUGAGUAUGUGAAAC